AUGUCCCCAGUCCUGGUCAUUAUGCCAUCACCACCACACUCUUCCUCUGAGUCUCAACCUUUAUCAAGUCCUAGCAUGGAUUAUACUACCUCACACAGGUUUUCUUCUACCAUUUCUGAUUCUCCUACAGUUGAUGGUGCUACAACCUCUACUACUUAUAUGUUGCCUGUACUAUCAGAUGACCAACUGGAGGUCAUCUUGCCUCGUUUAUCUUAUUCUUUUGUGCCUUCUGCUCAUUCAAUAUCAGCUGGUACCAAUAAUUGCCAUCCUAUGCAAACUCGGUCUAAGUCUGGUAUUAUCCAGCGUAGGCAAUUUCUUGAAUACUCGAGCUUCAUUACUUAG